AUGGAUGUUCAAAGGUUCAAUCAUAGAAAAAAUGAUCAUAUUUCAAGAUAUACUGAGCCAGCUGAUUGGAGUCAAACUACAUUGGAAAAAGAUGCUGCUAAGAUCUACACCAGGUCUAUAUUUUUUGAUCAGCAAUUAGAGAUACAUGGAACAAUUUCCGAAUGUUUGCCGAUGGACACCAAAGUUGAAGGUCCACGUAUCAGAAUAUUGUUGAAGGACUUUAAAGCACAUGGAGAUGGUUUAUUGGAGGUGUGGUUCAAGAAUCUUGAAAAUGAUGUAACUGCACAUGUAUGCAAUGUAAAAGGUCAUGACAUUCGGACCUGUGAGGAGCUGAAAGCCAAACAACAAGGUAAACAGCAAAAAAAGAAGAUGAAGGGUGUCCAGAUUGAAGAUGGUUUGAGAGACAAAGACAAUGAGGGUGAAGACGACGAAGAGGAAGAUGAUUUUGAAGAUUACAUUAGUGAUGAUGGAUCUGAAGAAGAAGAUCAGUGGGAAGAGGUGUCUGGAGAUGAAGAUGACGAGGAUGAGUAA